AUGGUCAAGAAGGCCAUUGAUGCCCGCAUCCCCGCCCUGAUCCGCAACGGAGCCCAGGAGCGGAAGCGCAGCUUUUUCGUCGUCGUCGGAGACCACCAGAAGGAUGUCAUCGUCAACCUCUACCACAUCCUGCUGAACGUCGACGUCAAGCUGAAUAAGAGCGUGCUGUGGGCAUACAAGAAUAAGCUCUUGGGCUUCAGCAGCCACCGCAAGAAGCGCGAAAAGAAGAUCAAGAAGGAGAUCAAGCGGGGCAUCCGGGACGCCGACGAGGGCGAUCCAUUCGAGCUGUUCAUCUCCACCCAGAACAUCCGCUAUGUCUACUACAAAGAGACGGAGAAGAUUCUGGGAAACACCUUCGGCAUGUGCAUCCUGCAGGACUUCGAGGCCCUGACUCCCAACCUGCUCGCACGCACCAUCGAGACUGUCGAGGGCGGCGGUCUCGUCAUCCUGCUGCUCAAGAACAUGACCAGCUUGAAGCAGCUCUAUACCAUGUCCAUGGAUGUGCACUCUCGCUAUCGCACCGAGGCCCACGGCGACGUCGUCGCCCGCUUCAACGAGCGCUUCAUUCUCUCCCUCGGCAGCUGCGAGUCGUGUUUGGUUGUCGACGACGAGCUGAACGUCCUUCCCAUCUCUGGCGGCAAGAACGUGCGCCAGCUGCCGCCCCCCGACCCAGAGCUCGAGGGAAAGACGCCCCAGGCGAAGGAGCUGGAGGAAAUCAAGGAAUCGCUCGCCGACUCUCAGCCCGUCGGCUCCCUGGUCUCCCUCGCCCGCACCGUGGACCAGGCCAAGGGUCUGUUGACCUUCAUCGAUGCUAUCGCCGAGAAGACGCUCCAAAGCACCGUUACCCUGACUGCUGCGAGAGGUCGGGGUAAAUCUGCUGCGCUCGGUGUCGCCGUCGCCGCUGCCGUCGCCCAUGGCUACAGCAACAUCUUCAUCACCGCCCCGAGUCCCGAGAACUUGAAGACCUUCUUCGAAUUCGUCUUCAAAGGCUUUGACGCGCUGGAAUACAUGGACCACGUCGACUAUUCCAUCAUCCAAUCCACGAACCCCGAUUUCAACAAGGCCAUUGUUCGCGUCAAUGUGCAUCGCCAGCACAGACAGACGAUCCAAUACAUUCAGCCGCAGGAUGCCCAUGUUCUGGGCCAGGCUGAGCUGUUGGUCAUCGAUGAGGCCGCCGCUAUCCCCCUGCCUUUGGUUCAGAAGCUGAUGGGUCCUUAUCUGGUUUUCAUGGCAUCGACAAUCAACGGUUACGAGGGAACUGGAAGGUCACUGUCUCUCAAACUCAUCCAAAAACUGAGAGAGCAAUCUCGAGGUGGCUCCAAGAAGAGCGCCGACCAGGUCAUUGCCGACCGCUCGACCGGAAGGGAGGCGAAGAAUGGAUCCGAUUCUGUCGCGUCUGGCCGUUCGCUCCGCGAAAUCACUCUUGCCGAAUCCAUCAGAUACGCACCGGGCGAUGCUGUGGAAAAGUGGAUGAACAAGCUGCUGUGCCUUGAUGCAACUCUCCCUCGUUCAAGGAUGAACACUCAGGGAUGCCCUGACCCGUCCAAAUGCCAGCUUUUGCACGUUAACCGAGAUACCCUGUUUUCCUUCCACCCCGUUUCCGAAAAGUUCCUGCAACAGAUGAUGGCUCUAUACGUGGCAAGCCACUACAAGAACUCUCCUAAUGAUCUGCAACUCAUGUCCGAUGCCCCGGCCCAUCAACUGUUCGCUCUGGUUCCUCCCGUCGACGAGGGUAGCAACAAGCUUCCGGAACCUCUCUGCGUCAUUCAAGUUGCCAUGGAGGGCCAAAUUAGCCGAGAGAGUGUGCUGAGCAGCUUGAGUCGGGGCCAGCGGGCCGGUGGUGAUCUUAUCCCUUGGCUCGUCAGCCAACAGUUCCAAGACGAUGAGUUCGCCGGUCUUUCGGGUGCUCGUGUCGUCCGCAUUGCGACAAACCCCGACUACAUCGGCAUGGGAUACGGUCGCAAGGCCAUCGAACUUCUCACCGAUUUCUACCAGGGCAAGUUCACCAGCUUGUCUGAAGUCGACCCUGUCGAGGAGGAGACCAUGGUUCGCGUGACGGACGAGGAGUUGGAGGAGUCGAACCUCUUGCAAGACAACGUCAAGGUCCGCGACAUUACCGCAAUGCCACCCCUUUUCGCUCGUCUGUCCGAGAGGAAGCCUCCAGCCCUCGACUGGAUGGGUGUGAGCUACGGCCUCACAAAGGAGCUCCAGCGAUUCUGGAAGCGCUCCUCCUUCGUGCCCGUCUACCUCCGCCAAACCGCCAACGACCUCACCGGCGAACACACGUGCGUCAUGCUGCGCACCCUGGACACCCCCACGAACGCGGACCCCAGCUGGCUCGGCGCCUUCUCGCGCGACUUCCAGCGCCGCUUCCUCUCCCUCCUCUCCUACCAGUUCCGCACCUUCGAGUCCCCCCUCGCCCUCAGCCUCAACGAGGCCGCCUCUUCGGGCAUCAAGCACGACACAUCCGCCCCGCCCACGCCGCUCACCAAACCCGAGCUCGACGCCCUCUUCUCCCCCUUCGACCUCAAGCGCCUCGACAGCUACGCCAACAACAUGCUCGACUACCACGUCAUCCUCGACCUGCUCCCCGCCAUCGCACACCUCUACUUCCUCGGCCGCCUCGCCAGCCUCAAGCUCUCCGGCCUGCAGACGGCCCUCCUCCUCGCCAUCGGCCUGCAGCGCCGCACGCUCGACGACGUCGGCCGCGAGCUCGACCUCAGCAGCUCCCAGAUCCUCGCCAUGUUCAUCAAGACCGUGCGCAAGAUCUCGGCGCACUUCCGCGCCCUGGUCGAGGGCGCCGUCGCGGAGGAGCUGCCGGACGCGCUUGAGGAGGAAGAGAGGGAGGAUGCGCAUCAUGAUGCUGGUGAAGUGGCAGCGGAGAAGGCGGCGACGAGAAAGUUCCAGCCGCUUGCGCAGAGCUUGGGCGAGGAGCUCGAGGAGGAGGCGGACGAGGUGAGGCGCGCGGAGAGGGAGAGGAUGAGGAGCAUGAUUGAUGCGUUGCCUUUGGAUCAGUACGCCAUGGCGUCGAACGACGCGCACGACUGGACCGAGGCCGAGAAGCAGGUUUCGAAGGCGGCGCGCGACGGCCGCAAGAGCACGACUGUCAGCAUCAAGUCGAAGAAUGGAGGAGGGUCGAAGCGGAAGGCGGGCGAGGCGGUCGAGGAGGCGUUGAAGGAGGCGGAGGCGGUGAAAGAGAAGAAAGGGAAGAAGGGGAAGCAUAGGUGA